GCCAAAAGCCCACAGCUGGUGCUCUCUCCCCAAAACACUUCGAUUGGAUCCAACCAUCCAAAGAAAUCCAACAGACAUCGGUCCUCCCCCCCCCGCGUUGUGUUUUCCCAUUUCCAUCCUCGGCCGAUUCAUCACGUCCGCUGGCGUAUUGACUUUUCAAAAUGAAGGGCGAGAUUCUUCACCUUCACCUGGGCCAGGCUGGCACCCAGCUUGGUAACUCUGCCUGGGAGCUCUACCUCCUCGAGCAUGGCCUUGGCCCCGAUGGCCGCCCCGACCCCAAUGCCAAGGAUGUCGGCGACCCGGGAUCUUUCGAGACCUUCUUCACUGAGACCAGCGGCGGCAAGCACGUCCCUCGGUCCAUCUUCAUGGACCUCGACCCGUCUCCCAUCGACGAGAUCCGCACCGGCGCCUACCGCCAGCUCUUCCACCCUGAGCUCCUCAUCAGCGGCAAGGAAGAUGCCGCCAACAACUACGCGCGAGGUCACUACACCAUCGGCAAGGAGAUGGUCGAUGACGUUAUGGACCGCGUUCGUCGCGUUGCCGACAACUGCCAAUCGCUGCAGGGCUUUCUCAUCUUCCACUCCUUCGGCGGUGGUACCGGCUCUGGCUUUGGUGCUCUGAUGCUUGAGCGCCUUGCUACCGAGUACGGCAAGAAGACGAAGCUCGAGUUCGCUGUUUACCCGUCUCCCCGCACCAACACAGCCGUUGUGGAGCCCUACAACGCCGUCCUGUCGACGCAUAGCACCAUUGAGAACUCGGACUGCACCUUCCUUGUCGACAACGAGGCCGUCUACGAUAUCUGCCGCCGCAACCUCGACAUCCCGCGGCCCUCGUAUGACCACCUCAACCGUCUGAUUGCGCAGGUCGUCAGCUCCAUCACCUCGUCUCUCCGUUUCGACGGUGCCCUCAACGUCGACCUGAACGAGUUCCAGACCAACCUGGUCCCCUACCCGCGCAUUCACUACCCGCUUAUCAGCUACGCGCCCGUGGUCUCUGCGGCCAAGAGUGCGCACGAGGGCUUCAAAGUCCACGACCUCACCUUCCAGUGCUUCGAGCCUAACAACCAAAUGGUGGUAUGCGACCCGCGCAACGGAAAGUACAUGGCUGUUGCCCUGCUGUACCGCGGCGACGUCGUCCCCCGCGACUGCACUGCCGCCAUCGCCGCCGUCAAGGCCAAGGCCUCGUUCAAUCUCGUUGAGUGGUGCCCUACCGGCUUCAAGCUUGGCAUCAACUACCAGAAGCCAAUGGCCGUUCCCGCUUCCGCAGAGGACGGUGGCCUCGCCUCCGUCGACCGAUCCGUUUCCAUGCUUUCCAACACCACCGCCAUCGCCGAAGCCUGGUCCCGACUUGACCAUAAGUUCGACCUCAUGCACAGCAAGCGCGCCUUUGUUCACUGGUAUGUCGGCGAGGGUAUGGAGGAGGGCGAGUUCACCGAGGCCCGGGAGGACCUUGCUGCUCUCGAGAAGGACUAUGAAGAGGUCGCCGCCGACUCCUUUGAGCCCGAGGAGGAGGCUGAGUACUAGGCACCUGAAGCGACGUGCCAUCAAUACCACAGGCGGUCUAGAAUUUCCCCUCUUUUUGAUUUACACUGCGAUGCGACUCUUUAGACGGUCCAGGGUAUCCGCCGCGCUGGCGAGCUUUUCGUGCUCAUGGCACGCUCUCAGGGCAGGGAGGGCGAGGCGAGACUGCGUGGCUCCCGCUUCUGCGGAAGCUGGCCCCUGGGUCCUUUCGGUAGAUGAUCUUUUGGUGUCGACCCUGGCGGACGGACUUUCGAGGUCUACUUCAACGUCUUUAGUUUCUGUUCCGCUGGCAGGCAAGUGAGCAAGCAGGCAGAGAAUUGUGUUGGUGAUAUCCUUUUUCUUCCCUUUUUGUUCCGGCUGGAUCAAGGCUGUUGCGUGCGUGCGUGCGUGCGUGUAGGCUUGAAUGGAUGAAUCAUGCGUUGUAAUGGUUUGCGCCUGUUUUAUGCCUUACAGUAUGCCAGCCAGCCAAAUUCUUUUAAUCUCUGCGAAGCUCUGCUAUGCCCUGCAUAUGAUCGACCAAGGCAAUGCCG